AUGUACUUGGAUUAUUUGUUGAUCAUAUUUAUUGCAACAUGUACUGCAAUAAUUGGUGAAGCAUUAACUUAUAUAUUGGUAUAUCGUAGUGAACAAUACAAACGUUUGAAAAAUGAAAUGGAAAGGAAAACCAAAAAACUUGAAAGAAAGAAAGAAACAACCGCUGAAGUAGAUCGUACAGCAAAGCGAAAAAUUGAUAGAGAAGAAGAGAGAUUAAAAGCGACAAAUCGAGAUAUGAGUAUGUUCAAGAUGAAAAGUAUGCUUGCAAUUGGUUUCGCUUUUACUGCACUGCUAUCCACGUUUUCUUCGAUAUUCGAAGGACGAGUAGUCGCUAAGUUGCCCUUCACUCCGAUAUCAUGGAUUCAAGGGUUUUCACAUAGGAAUCUCAUUGGUGAUGAUUAUACGGAUUGUUCAUUCAUUUUCCUGUACAUACUUUGUACCAUGACACUAAGACAAAAUUUACAAAAGAUGCUUGGAUUUGCACCAUCUCGUGCUAUGAACCGACAAUCACAGCCCAAUUUCUUUGGUGCUGCACCAUCGUCAACGAAUAAUUUUAGCUACCUUCGUUAA